UGCGCCAUUAAUGGAGCAUCUUGGGCUUGGGGUCGCAUAGUCCAAGGUUGAUUGCCAGAACCCGAACCAGAACCCGAACCAGAGCCAGAACCAGAGCCACAAGACUCAUUCUCAUUCUCAUUCCGGAGUGUGCCCUUUCACCAGCUGUGCAGCGGCUUUGGUUUCGGCUUGCCACUCGAAUUCCCCCAUUCCCCCCCCCCACUGACAGUGCAGCUGGGUGGGGGGGAAGGGGGCAGUCAUUGCAUAGCGACAGAAGUUAAGUAGUGGAAUUUGCCGAGCUGUGCAAAAUAGUGCAAGACAGUGAAUCAUAUAAGAAGACACCGCUCGCAGAAAAAAAAAAGAAAAAAAAGAAAAAAAAAAAAAAGCGUGUAAAGUUCGCCGCCGUCCAAAGCAGAGCAGUUAUACCAAAGCCUGAGCCUGAGCCUGAGCUGAGACCCACCCGAAACACUUUCCCCUGUAAAGCUUCUGCUCCUGCAACAGAUCGGUUCCUCUGCAUCUCCAUCUACUGCGCCUUCAUCAGACAAUAGCGUCGUCGCUGCCCAAAAAUACAUAUAAAAGCGGCAGUGCGGCCUAGCCGGCGUUUCUUUUGGCCAGACAAUGCCGAGAAGUUCGCUUAUCACUCAACGCUGGCUGACACUCACCACACUGACCCUGGGCAUGGUCGCCAGUGGUCUGCCCUCUUCCAAGCCAGACGCAGCCGCCGCAGCCGCCGCAGCCGCAGCAGCCUUGGCUCGCCUCAAUCCUGCAGUGCCACCCGCGCCACGCUGGGGCGCCAACAUGCAAAUGCUGCGCAGGCACAACAGUGCGGCCUUCAACUUCUGGACGGAGGAGAGCGACACGAACAUCUGGGAGCACUGCGGCCUCUUCGAGGGCGACAUAAUGCUGCAUCGCGAGCUGCUGCGCAAUGGGCUGCUGAACGAACGCAGCACCUGGCCGGAGGCGGCCAUACCCUUCUACAUUGAUCCGCAGGACUUCACUGCCAACGAGACGAUGGUCAUACUGAGGGGCUUUAAGGAGUACCACGAGCGCACCUGCAUCCGCUUCCGGCCGUACGAGCAGGGCGACAAGCACUGGCUGAUGAUCAAGGGCAACUACUCGGGCUGCUGGUCGAGCGUGGGCCGGCGGCAGGGCGGUCAGGUGCUCAACCUGAACACGCCCAAGUGUGUGACGCAUGGCGUGGUGGUGCACGAGCUGCUGCAUGCGCUGGGCUUCUAUCACCAGCAGAGCGCCACGGAGCGGGACGAGUACGUGAAGAUCAACUGGGAGAACAUACUCGAUGGGCAUGCGCACAACUUCAACAAGUACGCCCGCACGCAUAUCACCAACUUUGGCGUGGAGUACGACUACCAGAGCGUCAUGCACUACAGCUCGCGGGCAUUCAGCAAGAAUGGCAAGGCCACCAUCGAGCCACUGGAUCCGUACGCCUCGCUGGGCCAGCGACGCGGCCUCUCCGACAAAGACAUCUCAAAGCUGAACGAGAUGUACGAGCAGGACUGCAACGAGGGCUAUCUGCUCAAUUUCGAUCGCUUCGGGAGCUACAUCGACGAGCUGCUCGACUACUUCCAGGGCAACCUGCAGGAACUGUUCGGCUAGGGCUAGAGAGGAGUGAUGCGAAUAAAGCGGUGGGCUGCUAGGCCAC